CCGGAACUGUUCCAUCCGACACCGCAAGCUUUCUCACAACCAUGAGCGAGCCGUUGCUUCUCUUCGCUUAUGUCACCUUCCUCGCGGUCUUUGGGAGCUCCUCGACACCUUCGGAGGCCCGCGCCUUCUUCGUCUUCGGUGAUUCCCUCGUCGACAGUGGCAACAACAACUACUUGGCGACCACUGCUCGAGCUGACAACAUUCCUUACGGCAUCGAUUCCCCGUCUCACCGGCCGACAGGGAGAUUCUCCAAUGGCCGUAACAUAGCUGACGUUAUGAGUGAACAACUUGGAGGUGAACCCACACUGCCUUACCUCAGCCCCGAGCUGCGAGGGGAGAAGCUGCUUGUUGGCGCUAACUUCGCGUCGGCGGGGGUUGGGAUUCUAGACGACACCGGGAUCCAAUUCGCAAACGUCAUUAGAAUCAGCAAGCAGCUGCAAUAUUUUGAGGAGUACCAGGAGAAACUGAGUGCUCUGGUAGGUCGAUCGCAGGCGAGGAAGAUAGUGAGCCACGGGCUGGUGAUGAUCACCCUCGGAGGCAAUGAUUUCGUCAACAACUACUACUUGAUCCCCCUUUCUCUGCGAUCUCGCCAGUUUUCUCUGCCCGACUUCGUACGCUAUCUGAUAUUCGAGUACAGGAAAGUUCUCGUGAGGCUGUACGAGUUGGGGGCUCGUUUGAUCCUCGUCACCGGGACCGGGCCACUCGGUUGCGUUCCAGCCGAGCUCGCCUUGAGGAGAAGUCUGAGCGGCGAGUGCGAUCCCGAGCUGCAAAGAGCGGCAGACAUGUUCAACAUGCUGUUGUUCGACGUGGUGAGGGAACUCAACCUCGAAAUCGACUAUGUUAGCUUCAUAGCAGCCAACGCCUUCAACAUGCACAUGAACUACAUUACAAAUCCGCAGGUCUACGGUUUCAUCACGUCGAAGGUCGCGUGCUGUGGGCAAGGACUUUUCAAUGGCGUCGGGCUCUGCACUGCGGUAUCCAAGCUCUGUGAAGAUCGAGACGAGUACGCCUUCUGGGACGCGUUCCAUCCUACGGAGAGAGCCUGCAGGAUUAUAGUGAGGGAGAUUUUGAGUGGUUCCGAGGAGUACAUGCAUCCCAUGAACUUGAGCACCAUCUUAGCUAGGGAUGGCACAGUUUAGCCUACUAUGAACUGUGAGCAGGAUAAGUAUUUGUAUCAGGGAACAUUGUUAGAUAUGGAGUAUUAGCUACUCUUCUUUGUGGAUUAAC